AUGCCUCCCAAAAAAGCACAGCGGAAAUCAAUGCCUGCGCGCAUUGACGCUACAUUCACGCCAUCUCGACGUUCACCGCGAGUUCCCACUCCUUCAAAGGCUAUAAAUGAGAGUGAUUACCCGGCCAAAGCUAUUGAUUUUUCUACCGACCCCUCCUCAGAGAAUCUUGUCACAUUUCGAUACUAUCGUCCCAAAACACCUACUGCAGACCCUCCCUCAAAGAACGUGUCUCCUGAAGUACCCACAACUGGCCGCCGCAAUUUCCAAGCUCGCCCGUCUCGACUGUCCAAUGUGUACACCCCGGUGGUAGAUACUCCGACCUCUUCCAGUCAAGGUAGCCGAAGGACUCGGCGUACGGCUGCUCUCGAAACUCCACAAAACCAAUUGUCCGAUCCCGAAGAUCCUGAAAGUAUUGGCUCCACUGGUUGGACAUACGAUCAAUACAUGGGUGGACAAGACGAAACAAUGGAUCCUUCCUCUCCCAGUGCUGCCUCUUCCAAGGGAACUCGAGCUUCUGCUCGUUUUCGCAAGCCAACCUCUCGGGCGAUCGAAGCCCUGGCAUUGAAGAAGAAACCCCGCAAGAAGGCCACCCCCACAUCCGCCAAGAAUGAGACCAAUGGGUCUGCCAAAGGUCCCAAGACCACUGUCAAAUCUGGCAAGGGCAAGAGCAAGAAGCACUCGCAGGAAAAUAAAGCCCCUCUUUGUCGUAUUGACAUCGACACGGAAACCGCAGGACGGAAACUGUAUGAGAUCACUUUGGUGGCAUUGGGUGCCGACUUUAAGCUUCCGUCCGAUCCUGAGUGGGAACUGACCAACGCACGCUUUUGUUAUUUCCAGGCCAAAGAGGGCUUGCAGCGCACUCGUGAGACCUCAGCGGGAGACGAGAACCAACCCAAUCUGUACGACAGCGAGACUGAUAGUGGAAGUAUUCGUCAGUACAAGAUUCAGGCGAAACCGCAGAUUGACGAGACUGGUUGGGCACGAGUCGGCCGCGUGAAUGAUCAUGGUGAAGAGAUUAUAUUUCCUCCCGCUGGCCACAACCCAUAUUGGCCGCCUCACACAUACAACGAUGAAACGCUGCCUUAUCCGCCUGUUCGCUCUCGGUCCGAAAAGGAGACUCAGAACGAUGUCUCCUUCGGCUUCCCGCCCUUGAUGGGCGAUCGCAACAUUCCUUUCGAUGCCCAUUCUAAUUUCGAGCCAGAGGACGUCUCUGAAGAGAUGGUUCGGGCCCAGGCACGCGGUGAAGCGCGUCAGAAAGCGCUCCCUGCUCCGAGCGAACCCAGGAAACCUCGAGCCGCCAAGCAGCGUCAGGCUCAACCAUCCACAGUUGACGGUUCCGCUUCCCCCGCAGAACCCGAAGAGCCCAAGCCAAAGCGACGCGCCGCACGCGCUUCAUUGCCAGCACCCACCACUCGCAAAGCCGUGGUGACCAAGAAACCCCUUGCCCGAUCCGCCAAAGCAGCUUCCAAAACGAUUCCCCCUCUCACCCCAGCCAAGACCGAAAAUGGCAAGGAUGAAUCCGAUCCUCCUUUCAGACCCAUUCGUCUCGUUCUUACUGCUCCUCGUCCUGAAGGAAAGACAAACGGCACGAAUGAGGAUACCGAAGAUGCGCCAAAGGUCAAGAAGCAGGUAGUAUCUCCCACUUCUGGGAAGGGAAAGAAACGCGCUGCCGAUUCCAUGGACGGCGGGGAAGAGACUGCUGCUGGUAAGCGCGCUCGCCUCGUCGGUGCUGACGCGGAAUCUGGUAUCAAAGGACGAAAGCGCGCGGCAACCACGACGACACCGAAGUCGGCGCCUGUCUCCAAGGCCAAGGACCAAAUCGAGGAGUCGCCGCGCCGAAAGGAAACCCCCUCUCGAGGUCGCACCCGAGGCCGCGGUGGUCGUGGACGAGGCCGUGGCUGA